GUACACUAGGCCCAUGCUUUCACUUUUGAAUCCGCAAAUCCGAAAGGGCACGUCUUACCUGUCAGUUUGCCGCUUCGGUUCGCUUUCCAGUACAUCCAAUCCAUGCUUGAUUGCUUCACCACGCUACCUUCCUUCUGCUUCUACAAUAUUGUCCUCUCUCCACCGAUUGAUUGCGAUUGUACUUGGUGGGAGAUAAAUGCUUCCCUCUCCACAAUCCCCUUCUCUCUUGCAUUGCAAACUCUAAAAUUUCCCUGACUGCGGCCUCUGUGAGACAGAAAGCCUGAACGAGAGCGACCACCUUGCCUCUCAUCCCUUUCUUACCUAUUUUCCCGAACACAGCUCCGAAAAAUUCCUCAGAAAUCCAUCGGCCACCUCCAUCCAAGUUUGGGAAAAAUGGUUUCUUAGAUGCCAAACGAAAACAAUGACACGACGACGGCAGGAAUAUGGCGUUCGAAGAAGGAGCUGACCACGAUGGUGGCGACGGAUGCAGGGGCCUUCCAGGAGAGCACAAUCGCGACGGAAAAGGAAGCAGCAGCGGCCAGCAGUCAAUCCUCAUAUUGCGACAACCCACUUCUUGCCUUUCUAUUUUGCAUCAGCAACAAAAGAAUUCAUUCAAAUGCGACAGCUCUGGAAGUUGCAGACUACAUGGGUGCCAAAAAGAAAGUUCUAAUCCUGGAAGGAACCAUAGCAGAUGACGUUGCAAUGGAGGUCACUGUAGAUGUACUAAGGAUUAGACAAAUACUCACCAACCUGAUCAGGUUUGUUUAUCCUUUGCAAGAAGUCAACGUGGAGAAACCGGAUGAUGGAGUAGCAAAGAACUAGAAGCAAUUGACUUCUUAAGAUAAUUUCACCCAACAUGGUCCAGUGUGUUAUAAUCUUACCAUUUGUAAAGAAUAGUUAGAGCAUCUACAUCAAUGCAAUUAUAUAUGUAAUUGUAUUUGUGUUCUUUAUUGUCAUUUAAAUUUCUUUGUGAUCCAACUUAUAUUACUUUUUUGGGUGGCUUCCUUAGAUUCUUUUAGGGGUCCUAGGUAGAAUUGUAAGUUUAACUAUUUUCCUCUAUUGAUAUCACUAAGAUAAA